AUGAUAAAAUCCUUUCCGUACAAGCUGGGAGUCAUUAUCCCGACGGGUACAAUUUUGUACAUCGGGUUAGUUUUGGUAGUACUAUUCCCGCAAUACACUCAAACCAAGAUCUUGCCUGCCUGGCUCGGCGCCCUUGCGUGGCUGCUGCUGAUUUACUGGCUGGCCUGCACCACAGAUCCCGGCUACGUUAAUCCUGAGUUCACUGACGAAUGGGAAGUAAAGUGCAAAGUCUGCGAUGUUAUCAAGCCUGAGCGAGCCCAUCACUGCAAAGAGUGCAAUCGUUGCGUUCUGCGGAUGGAUCAUCACUGUCCGUGGACCAACAACUGCGUGGGCAACAACAACUUCCCGCAUUUCAUGAGGUUCCUGGGAUGGGUCAUUAUCGUCAACGGUGUUGCAUUGGCCGGCUAUUUUGUGUAUUGGGUGCGUGUCCUCGAUGACUGGGGAAUGCCCGGCUAUUUGAUGCCCCGGUACAAACUUGUCUUGGGGCUGCUCGGGCUUAUUGGUUCACUGCUGGUGGAAAUCACAAUCACCCUGCUCUUCCUUCGGUCUAUCCUCAACAUUGUUAGCGGACAGACCCAAAUCGAGUCUUGGGAAAUCGAGAGGGCCAACACCAUCGCAAGGCGGAUCGACCCCAGUAACCUGCCAGAGUUCCCUUUCGACGUCACUCUCGGCCUCAAUUGGUCGGUCGCUAUGGGUAAUUUCUUCCUAUCGUGGUGGCCCUGGGCUGGCCCCGGUACCGAUGGCCACGACUUCCCCAAACUCUUUUAUACUUCGGUGCGCUGGCCCCCGGCUACUCCAGAAAACGUCCAUGAUUGGUACACUGUCAAGCGUUGGCGCACAUCUGAGGGCGAUAAUAUCACCGACUUUGGCGUCGAUGCCGAAAUUGACGACGUGGAAGUCGAGGUGCCUCCCGGAGCGGCAGAAGAUGCUGCUACUGAACAGAUCGAAGAUAAGCCCAAGGCAUCGCCGGCCAAAAAACGCGGUGGUCGUAAGAAAAAAGUGAGUUCCUAA